UCGUUUUAGUUUGAUUUCAGCCUUUUUAACCAAAAUUAAGUUAUAAAAUGGCUCCGAAACCGAAGCCCACGGAAAAAGCAGGCGCUAAGGCUGGGGGGUCUGGGGACAAGAAGCCCUCAGAGAAGAAGGCGGAAAAAAAGCCUGCGACGGCUCCAGCUGCGACUUCUUCCGCGAAGGUGACUAAGCCCGCAGCGAAACCCGCUGCUGCAAAAAAACCCGCAGCAGACAAGCCCGCUGCAGCGAAAAAAGCCGCGGCAGCGAAACCCGCUGCAGCGAAAAAACCCGCAGCGGCAAAACCAGCAAAGCCCGUUGCUAAGGUUGCUGCGAAGCCGAAAAAGCCUGCGCAGUCGGCAAAGAAAACACCCAAGGGCGGCAAAGCUCCCACCACUCCCGUUGCGAAAGCUUUGAAGACACAAAAGAAGAUCCUUAAAGGUGUCCAUGGAUCCAGAGUCAGAAAAAUUAGGACUUCGGUCCAUUUCCAUCGGCCAAAAACGUUCCGUCCACCAAGGAACCCGAAGUAUCCAAGGAAAAGUGUUCCGAGCAGGAAUCGCAUGGAUGCAUUCAACAUCAUCAAGUAUCCAUUGACGACGGAAGCAGCGAUGAAAAAGAUUGAAGACAACAACACCCUGGUCUUCAUUGUGCACACGAGGGCCAACAAAUAUCAUAUUAAGGCCUCCGUGAAGAAGUUGUACGACAUCGAUGUUGCCAAAGUCAAUACUUUGAUCAGGCCAGACGGCAAAAAGAAGGCUUACGUUCGUUUAGCCAGAGACUAUGAUGCUCUUGAUGUUGCAAACAAGAUUGGUAUUAUAUAAGUUUGGCUCUGGAUUUAUGUGUAUAUAAGUUUAUAUUUAAAAAAUAUCCUGCAAUAAACUUCUACACGGGAUUAAA